CAACAUUAACCAGUGACAGCCUUCCGCGGGAAAUUCAGUACAAGCGGAACGAUUUAGUCGUAUUUGGAUUAAAAACAUAACUACGUCGCUGUAUCACAUUAAAGUGUCGACAACGUCAAUGUUAGUGGACGCUGCUGGUUCAAUCUACAUCGCAAAAUGUCAAAGAAGAAGGGACUGAGUUUGGAGGAGAAGAGGACUCGCAUGAUGGAGAUUUUCUUUGAAUCUAAAGAUGUGUUUCAGCUGAAGGACAUUGAGAAGAUUGCCCCGAAGACAAAGGGCAUAACUCCCAUGAGUGUAAAAGAAGUGCUGCAGAGCCUGGUUGAUGACAACAUGGUGGACAGUGAAAGAGUUGGUACGUCCAACUACUACUGGGCCUUUCCCAGUAAGGCCUUAAACUCUCGCAAGCACAAACUGGAAGAGCUGCAAAAGCAGAUUUCUGAAACAAAGCAGCGGAAAACAUCUUUACAGAAAGCGGUUGAAAAGGCCAAAGUUGGACGUCAAGAUACGAAAGAAAGAAGCUCUCUACUGAAGGAGCUUGGGGCUCUGAGAGAAGAGCGAACACAGCUGCAGGCUGAGCUGGAGAAAUAUCGAGAGUGUGACCCAGAAGUGGUGGAGGAGAUGAGAAAAUCAAAUGUCGUAGCGAAAGAAGCUGUUUCCAGGUGGACAGACAAUGUGUUUGCCAUCAAGUCGUGGACAAAGAAGAAGUUUUCCUUCGAUGACAGCCGCAUUAAUAAAGCCUUUGGUAUCCCCGAGGACUUCGACUACAUGGACUGACUGCCAGCAUUUCUACCAAUUAAUGGAAAAAUGUGUUUUGAAGCUUCUGUUUGAAGUCUUUGUACCUGGUCAAUGCAUUACUAGUUUCUGUUCUAUGCAUUCAAGUGAAAAUUGCACCAAGAAUCACAUUUAUGACCUGUGGUGGGUUUUGAAUAAGGGCAGAUGUCGGUGAUUUUGCAGCAGCAGAUGGACUUUAUCAGCAAAUAUGUUCCUUCGGUGCAACCAGAGAAGAGACCAAACGACCCAUUAGUGCCUGUUAGGGGUGACAGGUUUCUGUGAUAAACACAACAUAGCAGCUUGGCUUUUGGGACACCUGUUUGCAUGAAAACUGAGAGCUCCAAGUUGAUGAUGGAAAGGACUCAACACUUAACACAUCUGUGCUGCCAGUGAGUGUUUUUGUAUGGCUUAACCAGAUGGUUUGGAACCAAAUACUUGGGCACUUUUUCCUUCUACAUUUUCUUUCUUUUUUUUACUUCCAGUAAUCUUGAAUAACAGAAAGUGUACUGGAGCUGAUGGCAGAGUAUAGAGAAUAUGUUUAGGUUAUGUUUUGUGUACAAUGCUGUUUAUAAAAUACAUUUUCUCUGUGUUGAACCUCUUUUUUUAGUACAAAGAAACUGGCCCUCUGAGUUUUACAGCCGUGAUUCUACAGCUAUACUGCUUCCAAAAGUCUUUUUGCGGUAUCUGCGCAAUCUUUCAAUGUUAACUUCUUUGUAAAUUGCCACCAGAACGUAGCAAAAUCCAUCGUAAAAGCAACCAUUUAUUUCAGGCCUGCACACUCACUUUCUGUCUGAACAAAAAAAGGAACACUGCUGUCGUGACAUGCCCAGAAUGACUAUCGCCCUGUUUUUUUCCUCCCUUUUUUCUGUCGAACUAGAUGCAAAACAGGUAGUUGUGCGUUCCGAGUUUACUCAGUGACCUACUUGACAAAGCCAUUGUGUCUAGGUUUGUUCAUUUAAAUAUUAAAUGUGCGUUGCGCUUGUCUUACUUUGCUCGUCCAUUUGGUUUUCUUUCCAGUCCAUGAGGUCGAUGCAAAUAUGUUGAUUUGCAACUUCUCAGCCCAAGUUACAUUUUCUGUAAGCUGUUAAAGAGUAUGUUAGCAGUGAAAUUCAUUUUUUUUCCUGAUUAAAGGCUCGUUUUUGUUA